CCCACAGAGGAUCAAUUUAAGUAGGGGGAGAGAGUCCUACACACACAAAUCCUUCUGCUCUGUUCAAGAGACAUAUCUCUCUUUUCUCCAUUCUUUCUGUCUCCUCCCCCAACGUUGGCUUUGGUGUUUUCUCUCUCUAAGGUGCUUUCUCUCUCUAAACAACAAACCAACCAACCAACCAGGACCAUGUGUAGGGUAUCCCCCACAGAGAAAGAGGACCUUCUCUCUCCAUGCAAGCUCAUUAAAAAUGAGAAUGAAACUGAGAUUCUCAUCCCUUUUAUCCCACAAAAGAAGGGAUCACAUGAGGGGAGCAUAAAGCACAAGGAGGAGGACAAGGCUUUUGCUCAGCUCCAUGGCUGGCCAACUCCUAAGCAGGCUUUGGAGGAGCUAAGACAAAUGGGGAAGAUAUCAGGCCCGAUGGUGCUCACAGGCCUCAUCCUCUACUCCAAAACCAUGAUCUCCAUGCUCUUUCUCGGCCACCUUGGCGAGCUCGCUCUAGCCGGAGGCGCACUAGCCAUUGGCUAUGCAAACAUAACAGGAUACUCUGUUCUCUCAGGCCUAGCAAUGGGGAUGGAGCCCAUUUGUGGCCAGGCCUUUGGAGCAAAGAGACCCCACCUCCUCUCUCUCACUCUACAACGCACCAUUCUCUUACUACUCUCUGCAUCACUCCCAAUCUCUCUCCUCUGGUUGAGCAUGCACACCUUUCUCUCUCUAACCGGCCAAGACCCGGACAUAACCUCCACAGCUCAAACCUACAUUCUCUUCUCGCUCCCCGACCUUCUCUCUCUCGCCGUCCUGCACCCGCUCCGCGUCUACCUCCGAACGCAGAGCAUAACCAUGCCUCUGACCUACUGCUCCUUGUCCGCCAUUCUCCUCCACAUCCCCAUCAACUAUCUGCUCAUCAAUGUCAUGGGCCUAGGUGUGAGGGGUGUGGCAUUGGCCUCCUGUUGCACCAAUUUGAACAUCUUGUUCUCUCUCUCUCUCUAUCUCUACACCUCUGGUCUCCACAAGGAGGCAUUUGGCUCUCUCUCUCUAGAAUGUUUUAGAGAGUGGGGGAGCCUCCUCAGCCUUGCAAUCCCAAGCUGUGUAUCCACCUGUUUGGAGUGGUGGUGGUAUGAGAUAAUGAUAAUUUUGUGUGGGCUUCUCUCAAACCCAAGUGCAACUGUUGCAUCAAUGGGGAUUCUCAUGCAAACAACCUCCCUCCUCUAUAUUUUCCCCUCCUCUCUGAGCUUUGGGGUCUCAACUAGGGUUAGCAAUGAGCUGGGUGCAAAUAGGCCCCAAAAGGCCAAACACUCAACAAUUGUGGCUAUUUUUUGUGGAUUUUUGCUUGGGUUUUUUGCCUUGGGUUUCUCUCUAACUGUGAAGAACAAAUGGGCCAGGCUUUUUUCAAGUGAUGAGGAGAUUUGGAUACUAACUUCUAGGGUUUUGCCCAUAAUUGGGCUUUGUGAGCUUGGGAAUUGCCCCCAAACAAUUGGGUGUGGGGUUUUGAGGGGGACAGCUAGGCCCAAGGUUGGGGCCAAUGUGAAUUUGGGGUCAUUUUAUUUUGUGGGCAUGCCCGUGGCUGUUGGGCUUGGUUUUUUUAGUGGGCUUGGGUUUGGUGGGCUUUGGAUGGGCCUGGCAGCUGCUCAGGCCUCUUGUGUGGGCCUGAUGAUGGUGGUCAUAAGGAGGACUGAUUGGGGUUUGAUGGCUGAGAGGGCAAUGGUCUUGACUGGUUGUCAUCAAAAUCAGGACAGAGAGAAGGUCGAC